CAUGUGCAUUCCUUACUCUAUAUUUAACAGCUGCAGUCUGUGCUGGGGGCAACUGCAACAGAGGGGAACCUUUGUAGCUUCCCAAAUUCACAGCUUGUGAGGGUGGGAGUGGGGGAAGCUUUCUGCAGGGAGAAGAGGGAUUUCUCUCCUUCCCGGUAUUUGCAAAGCAGGUUGCGUUAAAGAGAGACUGCAAUGCCAGCAUCCCAGCCACGGUCCAGGGCCAGAGACAGGAACAACGUCCUCAACAGGGCUGAGUUCCUCUCCCUGAAUCAGCCCCUGAAGGGGAACCAGGAGGGCAGGAGCUCCAGCAGGAAGCAGAGCGGCCAGGCCGGGGCAGCCGGGGCCCAGAACGCCGGCCCCAAGGAGCGGCGGCAGUCGCAGCAGCUGCCCGAGGAGGACUGCAUGCAGCUCAACCCCUCCUUCAAGGGAAUCGCCUUCAACUCGCUGCUGGCCAUCGAUAUCUGCAUGUCCAAGAGGCUGGGAGUGUGUGCCAACAGAGCCUCCUCCUGGGGAGGUGCCCGCUCCAUGAUCAACCUGCUGGGGAUAACGGGGCACGGCAUCCCCUGGAUUGCGGGCACGCUCAUCUGCCUGGUGAAGAGCAGCACGCUGGCAGGCCAAGAGGUCCUCAUGAACCUGCUGCUAGCCCUGCUGCUGGAUAUCAUGAUCGUGGCAGGCCUGCAGAAGCUGGCCAAGCGGAAGGGCCCGUACGACAUCAACCCUGGCCUGUUGGACUACCUGACCAUGGACACCUACGCCUUUCCCGCCGGGCACGCCAGCCGCGUGGCCAUGCUCUCCAAGUUCUUCCUCAACCACCUGGUGCUGGCCAUCCCUCUGCGCAUCCUGCUGGUCCUCUGGGCCCUCUGCGUGGGCCUCUCCCGCGUCAUGAUCGGGCGGCACCACAUCACAGACGUCCUCUCCGGCUUCGUUUUCGGCUACUUGCAGUUCAGGCUGGUGGAGUUGAUAUGGAUGUCUUCCAACACGUGUCAGAUGUUGAUAUCCAUCUGGUGAACGUGGAGGACUUGGGAGCUAGAAGAUACUUUGAGAGUCCCCCUCCCAGUAUUUUCUACGUGUUGUUUGUUGGAAGCAGUUGUAACUUCCAUGAGUAGUGGUGUUUUAUAAUGUUGCUUCCCCACCCUUAAAAAAAAAAGUUUCUUGUAUUUUAGAAAUCAAGGGCCAUACCUGUGUUUGGCCAUAUUCUCAAGCUGUGUUUGGACAGCAGCCUAAUUAAGCUUUACAGGUGAAAGAAAUGAGCUCCAUGUCUGCCUUCUUUAGGUGGCUCACAUUGGCACCUUGAUAUGUCCUCAGGAUGGGCAGUGCCUGAGAGCUUCCUGAGAACACAUUUGUGAACUUUUUAGAUGAUAAAUUAUUUUGGCCACAGUGCUUUUUUUUCUUUUUGUAAGCCCAGCAGUUGUGUCUUGUACGGAGUCAGGACACUGCUGGUGCUUUACAGAUAAUAAAUAAUCAUAAAAAUCC